AUGUACGUUGCAGUUACAGUGAGGAGAUAUCGAGCAGUGAGAGAAGUUGGGAAGAUUAAAAUGAGUGAUGGGAUCAUUGCUUAUUAUCAAUUGAUGCAAGUUUGUCAGGCUGAGUAUUUCCGACUUCACUCAACAGGACUUCUCAUGCAGAGUGACCAGCAAUUUUUCCUCAAAAAGCCAGUGGUCCCCCUUGCUGAUCAAGUGGGUGGUGCUUACAUCCAUAAUGCUCCUAUUGCAUCCACUUUUGGUGGAACAGUUGUGCCUCCAGGUGCUAAUGCUGUUGAAUUUCAACCCUCUGAGGUUUGUCCAAGGAAUUUCAUUAUCUUUGACAAGACUGAUAACAGAAGCCAGAUCAUGUUCCACCCAGCCAUUGGCUCCAAAUUUGGUUAUCCUGGUUUGAAUAUAGGGGCAUCUUACUUCCAUGCUAUUAUUGACAGGAAAGAUGCAAAUAGCGGGAGAGAGAACUCUUUCAUGAAAGAAGAUUCAGAUGAUAUUGAUGCAUUGUUAAGCUUGGAAGAGGAAGAAAGCGACGAGGAAGAGGUCAGCACAGCACGAACACAUGGAAACAGUGGAAGUGAUUCCCCUGAUUCUUGCUCCAAUUAUGGUUCAAACCCCGGAAAGAGUAGAUUACCUUCUUUGAAGAAAUCCUCUGCUAGUGGCCCCAGCUGCAGUGAAAGUAAGCGCCGGAAAAUGAGGAAGAUGGUGAAGGCACUGAGAGGAAUCGUGCCUGGUGCCAACCAAAUGAAUACGGUGGCUGUUCUUGAUGAAGCUGUUAAGUAUCUGAAAUCUCUCAAGGUUGAAGUGCAGAAGGUUGGAGUUGGAAAUAUGAAGUGCUAG